CAUGCAUCCUUGCCGGGUUAUGGACAUCCAUUAUUGCCGAUUGAUCCUUGAUUAAUCAGCCCAGAGCCCGAGAUCGAUCAUGCCUAUGGCAGCAGCACAAGGGAAGCUAAGUCCGGAGGCCAUGGACAACGAAGUUAUCAGCAACGGCAGCGCCAAGGACUACCUCGACCCUCCUCCGGCGCCGCUGGUGGACGCCGGCGAGCUGGGUAAGUGGUCUUUGUACCGUGCCGUCAUCGCCGAGUUCACCGCCACGCUGCUCUUCGUCUACGUCGCCGUGGCCACCGUGGUCGGCCACAAGCGCCAGACGGACGCCCAGGCGUGCAGCGGCGCCGGCGUGCUGGGCAUCGCGUGGGCCUUCGGCGGCAUGAUCGCUGUCCUCGUCUACUGCACCGCCGGCAUCUCCGGCGGCCACAUCAACCCAGCCGUGACGUUCGGGCUACUGCUGGCGCGCAAGGUGUCCCUUCCCAGAGCCUUCCUCUACAUGGUGGCGCAGUGCGUCGGCGCCAUCUGCGGUGCGGCGCUGGUGAGGGCCGUGCACGGCGGCCACCACUACGUGCUUUACGGUGGCGGCGCCAACGAGCUCGCGCCGGGCUACUCCAGGACGGCGGGUCUCAUCGCCGAGAUCGCCGGCACCUUCGUGCUCGUGUACACCGUCUUCUCAGCGACCGACCCGAAGCGCAUCGCCCGGGAUCCACACGUCCCGGUGCUGGCGCCGCUGCUCAUCGGGUUCGCCGUGCUCAUGGCGCACCUCGCCACCAUCCCCGUCACCGGAACCGGGAUCAAUCCAGCAAGGAGCUUUGGCGCCGCCGUGGUGUACAAUGGCGGCAAGGCUUGGGACGACCAGUGGAUCUUCUGGGUUGGCCCGUUCAUCGGCGCCGCCGUGGCCACGGUUUACCACCAGUACAUCCUCAGGAAUAGUGCCAUCUUCCGGUCCAACUACGACGCCUCCGUCUAGCUACUCCCAUUCAUCCAUCCAUUGAUGCGUUCCAUAUCUACUUGUUGAUGAGUUGAGAUCCACAUUAUCGAUGGAUCUACCGUGUCGCUGUUAAAAUUGAUGGUUAAUUAGUAUGUUGUUGUGUUACUGAACGUAUGUAUUGCAUUGUAUGUUAGUGUUGGGUUUACAGUGUUUGCUAGUUACUGGAAGAGAUGGCUAUCUAUCUAGUGAGAGAAACCAAAAUAUUACUUCCAAUGAUUUUUGUGCUUGUGUUCUCCCUGAAUUUUGAAACCUUGGACUUUGCA